AUGCCUCACUAUCGUGAUGUGAAACUUCCCGUUGCGUCAGGAACACCAAUAAAAGUCGGUCACGCCACUAAUGACAUGUCGCAUAUUCGAAUUGCUGACCAUGACGAUAUAAAUCAAAUAAUAGAAAAUUAUAAAAUUCUACAUAAAGAAAUUUUAACCAAAGUUGAAGGUAAAAAGACUGUAAAGAAAAUACUUAAACAGCUAAAAGUUUGGUGUUCAAGUAAUGAAAAUUUAGCUUUUGAUGAAGAUGGUGAUGGAUAUGCAAGUGAUUCAUCAAUAAUGUUAGAAGAUGGAAAUUCAUCAGGAGAAAUUGAAGAUCAAGAUAAUUAUCCAUUAAUAUCAACUGAAAUUAAUACAAUUAAUUCAUCCUCUUCAUCUACAAAAUCAGAGACUGCAAUAGUUAGUGAUAAAAUUGAUAAAGUUGAAAAAAGAAAGAAUAAAUUAUUAGUAGAUCGUGAUCAAUCACCUGAUCGAUUAGAAUUUAAUCAAUCCGAUUUUUCAGAUUCGAAUUCGGAUAGUUCGGAUGCAGAUAAUUGUGAAGGUGGAGGUGGUGUGGAUGAUUGGCGGUCAUUAGGAAAUAAUUUAAUUUAUUCAUUAAUAGGAUGUAAUUGUGCAAUGUUAUUCUUGAUGAAAAAUUCUGGUAAAGUUAAUGUGACAAUGGCGAAAAGAGCUGUCAGACAACGAAUCGGUUGGGCAAAACAAUGGGCAGGUUCACUUUUUCGUAAUCGAUCUAAUCCCGUGACACCCACCACUUCACAAAUGGCAAAAUCGGCUUCUCAUAAUUCACAUCUUGCUUUAAAUGAUGCUUCGAUACAAAGUGGUAGUAUUAGUGAUACAACAUAUGGUGGUUCAGUAACUGCAAAGUUUGCGCCAAAACGUGGAGCAUUUUUUCGUAACAAAGGAAGUCAAGCUACGCAAUCGCAAACGCAAGCACAAAUACAAGCUAUUACGAAAGAAAAUAAUAUGGAAUUAUCCAAUAAUGGAAUUUUAGAUGGAAUAAUCAUUGGAUCAGAUUCUAUCAAUUUCAAUGACACCAAAAAGGUUAAAAUCAAAAAUAUACAAAAUUCAAAGAUAUUAAAAAGGCAUAGUAAGAAUAAUAGCGGAGGAGGGUUCAAUUUAAUUGAACCAUUAGAGUUCUCUUGA